AUGUACGAGCGAGCGCCAGAUACAAGAUUCUAUCCCCGAGCACGAGAGUUCUCGGGGAAGACUUUUGUACUUGGACGGCCGCAUAAACCCAUCCGAACGCUGGCCCCUAUGCGUUACAUAAAUUUGGAUUCUAAUGUUGGCUCCCUCGAAAGUGUUGCUGAAGACGACCAGCACUGCCCUUUCCGUCUUUGCUUCGCUGGUGGACGGACCUCUUUUCUCUCACUCUCAUUUUUGUCCCCCCUCCCCCUCGGUUUUCUUUUACCGAUUUCGUCUACGAUUUCACACAGCAUCUGCGUCCAAUUUGAUUCCCUACUUUCAAAAACAAGCAAUUCUGACAUCCGAACGCCCCACUUUACAGUCCAGCAAACCUGCAUUCCCCAAGCCCUUAUUGGUGGUGACAUCAUCUGCCAGGCCAAGUCUGGCUCCGGUAAGACAGCCAUUUUCGUGCUGUCUACCCUGCAGCAGAUCGAGCCCGUCGACGGCGAGUGCUCGGUUCUCGUUCUGUGCCACACGCGCGAGCUGGCUUUCCAGAUCCGCAACGAGUACAACCGCUUCUCCAAGUACAUGCCCGAGGUCCGCACCAGCGUCUUCUACGGCGGUACCAAGGUCACCGAGGACAUUGCGAUUCUCCGCAGCCCGGAGACGCACCCCCACAUUGUUGUCGGCACCCCCGGUCGUUUGAACGCCCUUGUUCGCGAUAAGCACCUGCGUCUCGGCAGCGUCCGGAUGUUCGUGCUCGACGAGUGCGACAAGAUGCUGGAAGGAGUUGAGAUGCGCCGUGAUGUCCAGGACAUUUUCCGCGCCACUCCCCGCCAGAAGCAGGUCAUGAUGUUCUCGGCCACCCUGUCCCAGGAGAUCCUGCCCAUCUGCCGCAAGUUCCUGCAGAAUCCCACGGAGCACCUUGUUGAGGAUCAUGUCGAGCUGGCCCUUGACGGCGUGCGGCAGUUCCAUAUUUUCCUACCGGAGGACAAGAAGAUCCGCAAGCUUGUGGACAUUCUUGACCAGCUGGACAUCAACCAGGUCAUGGUCUUUGUCAAGAGCCGUGGCCGCGCCGAGCAGCUGUCCAAGGUGCUGGAGAAGUUCAACUUCCCCACCUGCUACAUCCACGGUGAUAUGAAGCAGGAGGAGCGUGACGCCGUCUACAAGAAGUUCAAGAAAGGCGACACCCUGCGUGUCUGCGUUGCCACUGACAUUUUCGGCCGUGGUGUCGACUUUGAGCGCAUCAACCUGGCCAUCAACUACGACAUGCCCAAGGAGGUUGCCACGUACCAGCACCGUGUCGGUCGUGCUGGUCGUUUCGGCACCAACGGCGCCGGUAUUUCGUUCCUCAGCACUGAGGAGGACAAGGAGAGCUUCAAGGCUGUUGAGGAGUACUUCAAGAAGACCUUCCCUGAGUAUCCCGAGGAGGGCCUUAAGCUCAAGGACGGCGGCAACACUGCUGGCGCUGAGGAGGUUGUUGCGAACUAA